CCUCAGUUCUGAUCUCUUUGCAUUCCGACAGCUUGUCCUACAGGGUUCACCCAUACCCGGCUACAGACAACGCACAACGGCAGUAAUAGCAACAAAGAAGCUACCAUUCUUAUACCAUGGCAUGUGCAGCAUUGGUUCAAAAAAGUAGUGGACUGAAGAAAUUAGCAGCUCACGAUUUUAUUCAACGGCUCUGUUCUCAUUAUUCCAGAGUCCCAUCAAGACGAUCAAGAAUGACAGCAAGACCACUGUCCACAUUAUUACCCCAGACGCGCCUGAUACAUUCAACUUCAAAGCCACUGUACACCAACAAUACUACAAGGAGUACAACGACAACUAAAAAUGCCAACAAUGCGACUAGCUCUAGAAUUGCACCAAUCGCUCCGAAAAAAGCAAAGAAAGGCGGUAAACACAUGCAUCAAAGGUUCGAAUGGUCACAAGAGAUGGACAAUAAGGUUGUUGAGAUGAGGUUGGAAGGUAAUACCUGGGAAGAGAUUGCAGAAGCCGUUGGGGUUCCCCCACUAGCGGUCCAGCAGCGAUAUGUAAAGAACUUGGACCCAUCAUUGCAUAUGGGAUGGACCCCCAGGAAAAUAGAUCUGCUUAACAAAUACGUUGCAGAGGGCAAGGCCUGGCGUGCUAUCUCGGAGGAACUAUUAAUGACUCCAACAGCCUGUCAGGAAAAGUGGAGAAUGUUGAACCCCAGGCUUGCAUUGGAAGCCAAACAGGAAGAAGCAAGGAAGCGAGCGCUAGCUAGGCAUUCACAGCCACGAGCUCAAACCUCGAAAUCAACUCGCACAUCGACGGUUCGACUUCAUCGAUGGCAUGAACAUAUGGACUCGCUGCUCAUUGAACUGAAGGAUCGUGGACUGAAUUGGCGUCAGAUUGGAUCUGUCUUUGGAUCGCUCCCACUGUCCUGUUACACGCGGUACUGUGGUUUGAAGAGAAAAAUGGUUAGUAAUCGCUGGACUCCUCUUACACUAAACGCAUCUAAUUCGCCGGCAUACUUGCUACCGAACCGGCGUUUACCGCUCACAGCGACUACAGGCAUCCAAAUCGCAGGACCAAGUAGUAACAAUGAAAGCGACGUACGAGUUAAUGGCACACAUGAAUCGGUUCUUGACUCGAAAAGUCCUACUGCAGUAUUGGAUACGGCUUUAUCGUCCACAGGGCAAUCAGAAUUGGAUAUACUGGGCUUUAUCAAUGAAGAUCUCUUAUACAACACUACAACCAACACUUCAUCCAAGAUAUGGACUCCAGCAGAAGACGAGUGCAUUAUCAACAGCCACGAGUCAGGUGUUUCAUUCACUGAUAUUGCAGCAUAUCUUAAUUCCAGCGUGAAAGAAUGCUAUGACCGUUUUUAUGGCGUUCUUGACCCAAAAUUGAAGGCCAGAGCAUGGACACCAAUCCUUCAAGAGAAGCUUAUAUUUUUUGUGGAUCAAGGAGUACCAUGGUCAAUAGUAUCCAAUUAUUUGGGCUUUCAUCGCGUUGCGUGUAGGAAUAAGUAUCGAGAGCUCAUGGGCUUAUCUACGCUGCAGCCAGCGGCGUCAUGGCAAGAAGGCUCUAAUGAUAAAACAGCUGUAAAUAAGCUACCAUUGGCCACGAUAAGCUCCAAUGCCGAUGCUAUGCAUAAUGAUUUUGAUGACGACACAGAUGCGAACAUGGAUAAAUUUGACGAUGAUGACACUCUUGAUGAUGACAACGAUGAUGUUGGAUCUGACGACUUGGAGGAUGAUAUCAUCGAAGAAAUGAACGAUGAAACGGCUCAUCAAAAUCAUGAUUAUGAUGAUGAUGACUUUGAUGAUGAGAACAACAACGACAAUGAUGACGAUGACAGUGACAGUGUCCAGGAUGCCAUGUUGACUGCAGCAGCACUUGAUGGCAGAGAGACGUACACAGAUGGCUCUGUUACUGUUGGUAGGAGAGUCAAAGGCCCUCAUUCUGUUGCACCGCCCUCUUACACACCUCCAGAACAUUGGGACAAGAGUACAGUAAUGAGAGAAGUUAGCAAAACAUGGUCAGCAGAAGAGGAAACAACUCUGAUUCAACAUGUCAUUCGCCAUGGAACACGUGGGUGGGAGGAUGUUUCAAAAGCACUGGAUGGGCGACAUUCUGCAGAAGAAUGCCGUGCUUACUGGAAAUACCUGGAUAUGCCUGUUCGGCGACCAGAUCUAGGAGUAAUCAAGUGGGAUGUCAAUCGUGAGGCAUGGUUCUGGAAGCUCUGGCUUGAGUGUGGAUCGGACUUUGAGAGGAUUUCUCAGAAAAUUAAUACUGUUUCUGCAGACGAUGAAGAGAGCAGACUCGGAUAUUACGUGAGAAAGCAUUUGAGAAUCAGGAGGACGAGACUCUGGAUAAGGAUAAAUUCUACAAGGACUGUGUAGAGCUGGCUUUGGCACGCAGCAAAGAGCCAUCCUUCACCUGGGACAAGGAGUCAUCGGUCAAGCUACAAAAACUGGUUCGCCAACGUUUACGGACCCGUGG